AUGGGAUCUCGAUGUGCUUUGGGAUGUGGGGACUUGCGACGGAUCUGGCCAGUUCUCAGUGCAGCAGCUCGCAGGUCAUCUCGUAUUUCAUGUCUUCAGGGUGAAACCAGUGAUUUUGAGUUGUUAAAGCAUCAACUGUCAGAUCCAGACAUAAAGGAUGCCCAGAUCAUUAAUUGGCUGCAUGAAUUCCGAGCUUCUGUUGCAUACUUGACCAAAGAUCUUGAACAACUGGUCAACAUUUUGCUGAAGCUGCCGUGGUUGAGAAGAAGCCGAGAUGUAGUUGAAGAAUAUUUAGGUUUUCUUGGCAAUCUAGUGUCAGCACAAACUGUCCAUCUUAGGCCAUGCCUCCGCAUGAUUGUAUCGCAGUUUAUUCCCCCUCGGAUAACUAUCAGAGAGGAUGAUGUGGACAUUUCAGAUUCUGAUGAUGAUGAAGAAAACCUUUCUGAAAACUUUAAUACGUGCCAUAGAGCACUGCAAACUGUAGCAAGAUAUGUUCCUUCAACACCACAAUUUCUUAUGCCAAUACUUGUGGAAAACUUUCCUUUCAUUAAUAAAUCGGAAAGAACGCUGGAAUGUUACGUUCAUAACUUGCUGCGAAUUACGGUGUACCUUCCAACGCUGAGGCUUGAAAUUCUGGAACUUAUUGUUGAAAGGCUGUUAAAGCUGGAUGUUAGCACUCCACAGCAAGACAUUGAAGAUGCUGAAGAAACUGCUAAUAAUUCUGAUAGUGAGGAAAAAUCUACAGAGGAGGGACUCUUUGACAUGGAGGAAGAUGAAGAAACAAAAGGGAACAAAGUUGCCUCUUCUGGUAGUGAGAGAAUGGCCCAUCCACUUGCAGAGCGCCUGGACAUUUUGAUGACCAUUCUAUUUUCUUAUAUUAAAGAUGUCUGCCAUGUAGAUGGCAAGCUUGAUAUCAACAAGACAAAAGAUUUGUACCGGGAUCUGGUUUCUGUUUUUGACAAGCUCAUUUUACCAACGCAUGCUUCGUGUCACGUACAGUAUUUCAUGUUUUACAUCUGUAGCUUCAAACUGGGGUUGUCUGAGGCAUUUUUAGAUCAUCUUUGGAAAAAACUGCAUGAUCCAAACAAUCCUUCAGUGAUCAGGCAGACUGCUGGGAGUUACAUUGGCAGCUUCUUGGCAAGAGCUAAAUUUAUUCCGGUUGUUACAGUAAAAGCAUGCCUGGAUCUUCUGGUUAACUGGUUGCACAAAUACAUAGAUAAUCAGGAUACGGGGACUAAUGCUUACUGUGAUGUAGCUCUCCAUGGGCCUUUUUAUUCUACGUGUCAGGCGGUUUUCUAUACGCUUAUUUUCCGUCAUAAGCAGCUUUUGGAAGGAAACUUAAGGAAAGGUCUGUCGUAUCUGCAGAGUUUAAAUUUUGAGCGCAUUGUUAUGUGUCAGCUAAACCCUCUGAAGAUUUGUAUACCCUCUGUCGUUAACUUGUUUGCUGCCAUUACCAGGAAAUACCAGCUGGUGUUCUGCUACACAAUUAUUGAGAGGAACAAUAGGCAGUUUAUACCAGUUGUUAGGAGCGGCACUGGGGGUGACUUUGUGCAGACUUGCACUAACCCACUUGACAGUUUCUUCCCCUUUGAUCCAUACAUGCUCAAAAGGUAAAGUUUAGAAAUAAUCAACCCUUUUUUUCAGUUUUGGGAAGAAUUGAGUGCUGAAGAUCUUGAGAACCUGAAAAAACCCAUUAAAAGGGGUACUUCUGAAGAUGAAGAUGAUGACUUUUUGAAAGGAGAAACUCCUCAGAAUGAUGGCAUGGUUGGAAUUGCUCCAAAUUCUUAUGAGUCAAAUACACGGAGCCCAGUGAGCCCCACAGGCUCCCCUCUAGACUGUUAUGUGCAAUACCCACACUGACCUGGAGAAACAGAAGUGAAAGGGUUGAAAUUGUGUGCAAUUUUUUGCUCUGCAAAGAGACUUUAACUCAACUUUCGAACUGGCCAAUGUUUAAGUAACUGCAUUUAAGAAAAAAUGUUUCUUAAUCAGAUUUCUACAGAUAUGUUAUGAUGAAAUCAUAUGUUGCUAGAAAAGACUAGUGAAUAAAUAGGGUGGUAUUUUACAAAUUUCACAUUGAAAUGGUUUUUAUGACUUCAAGGUUUUUUUAUAUUUUAUUUUCUUGACUUUAAAAGCUUUUGUUUACUAAUAUUUCUCUACAGAGUUUUGUAUAUCGAGAUGAAAUUCUGGUCUAUCUUCCUGUUUACUUCUGCAGGACCAGGAUUCCAUUGUUAGUAUUUAAACUGUACUCUGAUGGCUAAGUUUUUGAGUUAGUUUCCAAGGAGUGGUAUGAGACUGCGAUAGGGAAGCCAUGAAUUCUGUCUGAAGAUGAUUCUUUUUGCACACAUCUCUUAAGCUUUUCCUAUCUGUAGAAUAGUGUUUGGUAAAGCCAUUUGAUAGUGGAAAGUGUAUUCAGGUGAUAAGCAUUAUCAUGGCUUCCACUCUUGCAAGCUGCUGGUUGCUGGAGGUGUUGAAAAGGACAGAGUAGCUGAAUGUAUGAUCUGUAGAUAGUUUUCUCUGAGAGGCCUAAAAAGCACUCCCAGAGACGUAUUUAUGUUCAGACUUUAAAGUUCAUAUGUGAAUGCUGAAAAUAGAGGAAAAAAACUCUUCCCUUGUAGAAAGGAAGUGAUGAUAUCGUUGGUAUCGUUGUGGUGUUCAUGUAUCAGUGAGGAGUUGAUUUGUGUAGGUGUGUUAUCUUUUUUCAUGAUUGCUGGCUCUUAGAUUUGAGGAAAGAAUAUAAACGGUGGAAAAAAUAAAUGUUAUCUGUAUAACAUUCAGUUGAAAAUGUCAUGCAUUUGGGGUAAAACUAACAGCUGUGCAACUCCAUUCAUCUGCCCUUCGUGAGAGUCUGAAUUUGUAGGCUUUCAAGACAGUAUUUUUAUUCAGAGCCAAUACAGACUGAUGCAUAUGGUGCGAACCCUACAUCUUUGAAACCAAUUCUCUUUUAUGAUACUAGGCAUCUUUCUGUGUGUAGUCUAGCUUCUCAAAGUUAGCAUGUUUUUUCUGACCGACUAUGAAAGUGAGUUUGGGGGCAUGAUAUUGCAAAGUUAAUCUGUGAAUCUGUUCAUCGUUGAAUAAACUGGGACUUAGUUUUUAA